AUGAGAGAAGUCAUUCGUGUUAGAGACUUUCCUCAAAGUAAAGUACAAGAAAUUUCUGACGCAACAGGUAUAGCAUUUAAUGUUACCAUUGGUUACUUCAAUGACUCAAGACAUAAUGAAAUAAAGAGAUACAUACCAAAAGAAUGUGAAACUGUUCGAACUAUUGACUUACUUCUUGUUGAAGACCACUACAUGCUAAAUGAAAGAUUACCAAUGACAACAUAUUUCAUUCGCAACUAUAUAGAAAUCUUGAAGGAGUGUGGUGGAAUGAACAUUGAGAAACAGAUGAAGAUUUAUACAAAGAGAGAGAACAAAUAUGUAGUUCGUUAUGAUAGAACAACACCGUUAUGGGAUGUUAUGAAAACAUUGUGGGAGUGCAAAUAUUUCGAACCUAUUUCUUAUGGAGAACUUUUCACAUAUACGACUGACUUAUAUAAACAGAACCUUGCACCAUUUAAAGAUUUGACAUAUGCUCCAAAGUAUUGUGUACAACUGAAGAAGAAAGCCGAGUCAAAAGAAGUAAAUAAAGCUAAAUGUAAGUUCAUUCCUGAGCACGUUUUCUUUGCUGACUUUGAAUGUAGCACUGAUGGAGUUCAUAAAGCCUUUAACAUUUGUUAUGACAGUGAAGAUGGUUCAGUGAGUGAAAGCAUUUGGGGUCAGAACUGUGCAACAGAAUUUUUGGAACGACUUCCUGACAAGAGUUUAAUAUAUUUCCAUAACCUCAGUUAUGAUAUAAACUUCAUCUUAAGACACAUGACAGAAGUGAAAGGAACUCCCAUCAUUAAAGGUUCACGAACAAUGCAGAUAACGGGAAUAUAUAAAGGUAAAGCAAUCAUUAUUAAAGAUUCAUACACUGUUAUAAAUAAGAAGCUUAAACUAUUUCCUGAAAUGUUUCAUUUGCAGUGUGGUGAAAAGGAAGUAUUUCCGUAUCAAUAUUAUUCAAGCUCUUUAUUAGCAAAUGACAACAGAACUGGUGUCAUUUCUGAAGC